UUUACUUGACGGACACAAGACGUAAAAAGUAAACCAAAGUAAAACUGCAAGUAAAAUCGGGGACAAUCACCAUUCACCAAAUUACACACUGCAUAAUACAUCAGAAACUUUCCUUGAUAGUCCCACAAAAACCUUCACCAAUUCAGCAAGCUUUUCCAGUUAUGGCAAUUCCCAUUCUCUUUCUCACCUCUAUCACUAAUUCACACCACCCUCUUUUCUCACACCACAAUUAUUAUCAUCAUCUUCAUCAACCCUUUUUCUGGGUAAACCAGAACCAUUGAAAAUACUACAAGUUUUAGAGAGAGAAAGUGCAAGAAAAAAUAACCCAAAAUAAUGGCGAGAGGAAAAAUUCAGAUUAAGAAAAUUGAGAAUCAAACUAACAGACAAGUUACUUAUUCUAAGAGAAGAAAUGGGUUGUUUAAGAAAGCAAAUGAACUUACUGUUCUUUGUGAUGCUACUGUUUCAAUUAUUAUGGUUUCUAAUUCUAAUAAAAUUCAUGAAUAUAUCAGCCCUGGGAACACGACGAAGGAGAUUUAUGAUAGGUAUCAGAAAGAUAAGAAGGUUGAUGUGUGGAUGAAACAAUACCAGAAAAUGCAACAAGAACUGAUGAAGCUGAAUGAGACAAAUCGGGAGCUUCAAAGGGAUAUCAGGCGGAGGAUGGGAGACUGUUUGGAGGAUUUGACUCUUAAUGAAUUGUGUUGUCUUGGGCAAGAAGUGAAUAAUUCUGUGACAGUCAUUCGCGAACGCAAGAUGAAGAAGCUUGACAGUCAAAUUGAUACUACUAAGAAAAAGUUGCGAAAUUCUUCAGAAGUACAUAAAAACCUCCUCAGUCAAUUUGAUCUUCCAAAAGAAGAACCUCAAUAUGGGUUGGUUGAUAAUGGAGAGUACAACCAUGUCCUUGGAUACAAUGAUGACUCUCGCAUACUUGCUUUGCGAUUGCAGCCAUGUCAGCCUCUUCUUCAUGGUAGUGCAGGAUCGGGGUCGUGUUUAACAACUUAUACAUUGCUUUGAGAACCAGCAAGUUUCACAUUAGAAUAAGCUUUGGAUCUAUUAGCAAGUCUCUGAUAUUUGGUGUGCAAUUUAACUAUUGUGAAACUAAAACUAUCUGACAGAACUCGUGUAUUGUAUUGGUUGCUUGAAACUCAGCGAGAAAAUGUACUCAACUGAGAUACUAUGAUCUAGAUGGAUGCAUUUAUGCAUGAAAAACGGAGAGUUGAAUGCUUAAAACGAUAUGCUUUUGCUUCAGAGAUUGAAGUUGAUAAAAGCCUUUGUUAA